UUAAAAACAAAUACGUACCGUACCGGCGGCCUAGUCGCACUUUGUACGUGAAAGCUGAAGGCAAUACAGGCCGAAAAAGCCAUUUCUUUGGCGUUUGAAUAUGGCUGAAGCCAGGGCCGCCAUCACUAGACCAGAUGUAAGGCUUCAUGCUGAGGGAACGAGCACGAAAGAAGCUGAAGUCGAGCUUCUGAAGAGUACUUUUCGGUCAUUGAAGAAAUGUGCUUUUCGGACACGUCGACAAAUUCAGAAUGGUUUGUGGCCUACCACUUGGUCUAAUCUCCUUGGUGCUGUACUUGUAAUUGCUGCUAUAAUCCAUUUCAAUCACCACUAUGAGUAUGCACUGCUACAACCCAUAAUCCAUGCAAUAUGGUCGCUAAGUGACAUCCUAUACCUAGAUGAAAGGUACCCCUACAACUUCCGACUGAUAGUGGUGUCCCUGGUGACUGGUCUUGGCUUUUUCAUUGUUCUACUCUAUUUGCGACAGUAUAUGCUUAGAAUGCUGCUUGCUUACAGAGGAUGGAUGUACCAGCCUCCCAGGUCCCAGAGUAUAGUGACCCUGCUCUGGGGUUUGAUGGUUCGUAUAUGCAGUGGCCAUCAUCCUACUUUAUACAGUUACCAAAAUAGCCUUCCACGAAUGCCUGUCCCUCCACUCAAGAGCACAUGCCAGAGGUUCUUGUCCUCUGUCAAGCCAUUGCUUGACUCUGAAGAGUACAACAAGAUGGAGGAGCUCUCCAAGGAUUUUGAGAAGAACCUUGGCCCAAAGCUUCAGUUCAUUCUGCAGCUGAAGUCCUGGUGGGCAACCAACUACUGUACUGACUGGUGGGAAAAGUAUGUCUACCUGAUGGGACGGUCGCCUCUACCAAUCAACAGCAACUAUUACUGCCUGGACCAGGGAUGGUACCCGACCAGAGAGCAGCCGUCCAGGGCAGCAGUGAUCACAUACUUCUUCCUAAAGUACCACCAGGAGCUAGAAACCGAGCAGUUGAGACCAUUGCUGAUUCGUAACACCAUCCCCACUUGCAUGGCUCAAUAUGAGAGAACUUUCAAGACAGUAAGGAUCCCAAAAGAAGAUGUUGAUGAGCUUGUCCACUUUGAACAUACAGAACAAGAGCAUAUUGUGGUCAUCUGUGGAGGCAAUAUGUACAUGGUGCCAGUGCAAGAUAGCCAUGGAAAAGCUAUCUCCUGUCUGGACUUGGAAGGACAGUUUGAGUGGAUUAUAGCCGAUGCCAAACACUCUGACGUGAAGAGAGAACACCCAGAAGGAAGCAUUCCUGCCUUGACUGGACUUCCACGAACUGAGUGGGCCACAAUCAGAAAAGAGUACUUUGGAGAUGGGCUUAACAGGCAAUCCAUGGAGACCAUUGAGGAAGCUCUUUUUGUGGUGUUGCUGGAAGACAAGACCUUCUCUGAGUUGUCAGAUCGGGCCAAGUACAUUAUGCAUGGUGACGGUCGGAGCUUAUGGUUUGAUAAGAGCUUCUGCCUGGUGGUCUUUACUGACGGCAAGUGUGGAAUCAAUGCAGAGCACUCUUGGGCAGAUGCUCCUGUUAUUGGACACAUGCUUGAGUAUGCUCUCACCUACGAGUUCGUAUAUCGUACAUACAAUGAUAAGGGUAGAUGUAACCCCAUUGGUGGGGCUCACCGCAGCCACAAUGUGAGGACACACAAUUUGCAAAGACCAUGUCGCUUGUACUGGGACGUUACACCACAACUAGCGCAGAUAGUGGAAAAUGCAGUUACUUUUUGCAAGAAGAAUAAUGAUGAUCUUCAACACAAAGUUAUCACUCACGAUGAUUUUGGCAAGGGAUUCAUCAAGAAAAUCAAGGUCAGUCCAGACGCCUUCAUUCAGCUAGCCCUACAGAUUGCUUACUACAAAGACUCUGAAGGCAAGCACCCAUUGACGUACGAGUCGUCCAUGACGCGACUCUAUCUCCAUGGGCGAACAGAGACAGUCCGCAGCUUGACUUCUGAGGCCAAGGCAUUUGUACAAGCAUUCAUGAGCAAGGAAGCCAGUCGCGAAGAGAAGAUAAGACUAAUGCGAGCAGCGGCUGAGAAGCAUGCUAUCAUGUACAAGGAUUGUAUGAAUGGCAAAGGCUGUGACAGGCAUCUGUUUGCACUGUUUGUCGUCUGCAGGGGGCAAGGAUAUGAUAGCGAGUUCCUGAAGAGCGCUUUGACGUUGCCAUGGACGCUGUCCACCAGUCAACAGCCUCAGCAGCAGAUGACUGCGGAACACUUCAGUGUCAACGAACCAGAGCUCAUGCACAUGAUCUCCCCUGGUGGUGGGUUUGGCCCUGUAGCUGACGAUGGUUACGGCGUCUCGUACAUGGUACCAGACGAAAACAGAAUAUUCUUCCACGUGUCCUCAAAAAUCUCCUCCAACAAGACGAACAGUGAAAGAUUUGUAAAAAACCUGUACAGCAGCUUGGCAGAGUUGAAGGAACUGUUUGAUGACCCCUCUCACUCUUCAUCCAACUAGAAUCUAAUCUUUCAACUAGAUUAGUUGACCAAGAAAGCUCGGUUUUAGCUAAUCUUUCUAGCUAUUUAUUUCAGGUAUAAAAGCUGACCCUGUUUUCAGCUCAAACAUGAGUUUUUACUUUUUUAAUUCUUAUCAAAGGAAUUUCUGUAUACAUGGUCUUUCACGGCAUUUAGCAGAUACUAUCAUAUUUAUGUCUUUUGUAUAUUUUGUUGUUGAGCAACAUGAAAAUGUUAUCUAAUGCACAUAUUAAUAAAGUCAAGGACAAAUCAG